AGCUUGAACGAUGCGCUUCCUCUCGUCGUGUUGGUUUUUUUUGUUUGUGCAUUUUGACGAAAAUGAUUUCGUUUGUGAUAUUAUGUGGCACAAAAUAUGGAGAGAUUUAGGUGCAGUGACCUGAUAUCUGCCUUGUUACGCAAGGAAAAAUUCAAUCUUCGCUGAUCAAAAACUGCCAAAAUGACUUCUCGGUUGGACCGGCUGUUUGUUCUGCUGGAAGCUGGCGUCGGCGCCGCCACCAGACGUGCUGCCGCGCGUCAGUUGGGCGAAGUCCAGCGUGCCCACCCCGAGGAGCUCCACAAGCUGCUCGGCCGGCUGAUGAAGCACCUCAAAUCGCCGGCGUGGGAGACACGGGUCGCUGCGGCUCAGGCCGUGGAAGCUAUACUGUCGAAUGUCCCAGAAUGGAAACCGGCGCCGUUUACAGGCAAAACAGAUAUAAAAAGCGAGUCAGAGGAUACGGGGCGUCUGCGGUGUGACACCUUCGACCUGGAGCGGGUGCUUCAGAACGGCGCCCACCUGAUGGGCUCCGAGGGCCGCGAGUACGACAACGACGAGGAGGCUCUCUCACCCGCAGACAUGAAAGAGAAACUGGCGAAACAACGCCAACAGUUAAACGCCCGACUUGGCUUGGACGUGGCCGCUCAAUUAGGAGUAGAUCUCACUACUGUAUACUCCAACGAAGACUUGUGCCCCUCCAGAGCUCAACCGAGCAAGACUGAAUCGCUUAGAAGGCCGGUACAAGAGCUAGUCCCCACGUCGAAACACUUAAGUUCUCGAGAAAUAAACCUCGCCAAAAGGAAAGCGAGACUGGCGUUCAGCAAACAGAAGUCUCGGGAUUGCGACGACCCCCCCUCGGCUCCCCCCACACCCCCCGUGGAGCCAGACCGCAAGAAGAUCAAGUUGGAGCAUGAGGAUUUAAUCGUGGACACCAGCUUACCAGUACCCGAUUGUUCUGGCACGUGGGCCGAAUGCAGCCGUUGGCCGCUAGAGGGCUGGUGUGGAGCCCUACAGGCCCAGCUGUUCGUGCCCUCGUGGGAGGCGCGACACGGGGCCGCCAGCGCUCUGCGGCAGCUAUUGAAAGCUAAAGUGGCUUCUGGCGCGGGGAUGACGUCACACAUGACCAGGGAACAGAUGGAAGAAGCUCACCAAGAAUGGCUUGAAGACAUGGCACUUAGACUUCUGUGUGUGCUCGCAUUGGACAGAUUUGGUGACUUCGUAUCUGAUCAGGUGGUAGCCCCAGUCCGUGAGACGUGCGCGCAAACGCUCGGCGUGUGCGCAUCGCAGAUGACGUCACAGCGAGUGGCGGCCGUGGCGGCGCUGCUGUCGCGCCUGGCCUCGCAGCCGCAGUGGGAGGCGCGCCACGGAGCCCUGCUCGGGUACAAGUACCUGCUGGCCGCGAGAGAGGAAGUGGCGACAUGCUGCGGCGCCAUCGAGCAGCUGGUGGCGGGGCUGGAGGACGCGGCCGAGGACGUGUCCGCGGUGGCGGCCGGCGCGCUCGUGCCCGCCGCCAGGGCGCUCUCCGCACAGGGCGAGACGGUUCCCCACGUGGCCGCGAGACUGUGGCGCUUGCUGCAGGAGCAGGACGAUUUGGCUGCGCCGGCGCACUCCUACAUGGCGCUGCUGGCCGCGCUGUGCGCGCUGCCGCAGGCCGCCAAGAUGUUGCACCCAAUCGACCUCGCAGAUGUUCUGCCUCGUCUCUGGCCGUAUCUAGACCAUUCUACAUCUUCCGUAAGAAAAGCGACCCUACAAACUUUAUGUACCUUGACACGUCCAUUAAUUACCACUGAAGAGAACGGUGAGACGAAUGGAGAUGUCAAAAGUGAGGAGUUGAAGAAGGGUGAGGAAGUGAAUAAUGUUGAGGAAGUUAAGAGUCAGGAAACGAAGAAUGAUGACCAAUACCUGAUGUGGAGCCCUGAGUUGCUGCAAGAAGCGAUGAGACAUAUAUAUCAGAGGGUGCUGUUUGAACAUGUGUGUGAGAUACAAGAUAUAGCUUUGAAAGUGUGGGAGAACCUCCUCCGCCACGCUCGCCUGGAAGUCACCCUCCUGGCCGGCUGCCCGCUGCUGGCCACGUGGCUGUGCCUGGCCAUGCAGCCCGCCCGCCUGCCGGUGGACCCUGCGCUGUUGCUGCACACGCCGCUCAAGCAAGAACGCCGCCCACGCACCACGUCGACGUCAUCGGAGAGCAGUUCCGGCACCAGCGAGCUGCGCAACCAGAAGUGGCUGCUCGGCGGCAGCGAGGCUCAGCAGCAGAGGGAGCACCACGUCACCAGGGCCAGGACCAAGGCUGCGGAUAUGCUGGGCUACCUCUCAUGUUACCUGGUCCAGCCGGCACCUGGUAUAGAGUACAAAGCAGAAGACGAGAGUCCAAUAGACUGUUACGUUAAGGUGAUAGUGGUGUACCUGCGUUCAGGCAGCGCUCUCCAACGGCUGGUGGCCGCGCUGGUGGUGGCGGCCUGGGCGCGACACACCGCCGAGUUGAAACUAUACCCGCCCAACAUUCAGGCAAACACGACGGAAACAUGUAGUCACGGCGAUGACGUGACGAACUGUGACAUAAUAUCGCGGUUGGCGCCACCGUUGCUGGUGAACACGCUUCACACCGCCCUCAACCAAUCUCUCUACUACGACGAAGUGGCUCUCAACUGUAACAGGAUAUUACAAGAAGCGCGCGAUUUGCACGCGCUGAUGAAACAUUACAAGUUGCCGGUUGAUGGAGAGGAGUUCAACAACAUAUUGAGAUUGGAACAGGUGGUGCACCUGACAACGAUCACCCAACCGAUGAUAGCCAGCGUGAAGAUAAAGCGGAUCGCCACCACCCUGGAGGAGCGCCGCCGCUGCCUGCAGGCCUCCGUGACGCAGUGCUGCAGCGAGCACGGCACCCUCAAUGUCUCAGUGCAAGCGGCGCUGGCGGGCGCGUGCGCAUGGCUGCGCUGCGCGCCGCGCCAGCUCAACCCCGUGGUGCGGCCGCUCAUGGACAGCGCCAAGCGCGAGCCCAGCGAGCUGCUGCAGCGGCUGGCGGCGGCCGCGCUGGCGGCGCUGCUGGCGCGGCUGGCCGGCCGCGGCGCCUCGCCCAACAACAAGGUGCUCGUCAACCUCAAGGCCUUCCUCAGAUGUGAUCCAGAAUACACACCUCGCGUCAGUCUCGAGAACGCAGAUGAGCCGAAUGGAGAUUCAGGCAGCGGCGACAGUGGCGCCGAGGGGAAGACUGAACACGCCUUGCAUCGGGGGCUGGACAGGCACAACGGCAUCGUGACCCUCCGCGAACAGCAGCGCCACGCCGAGCGCGUGACCCCGCGGCGGGGCCGGCCCCCCGCGCACUCGGCCGCCCCCCACGCCCCCCUCACCCCCCACACGCCUGACGCGCUGGCUCUGGAUCAGCUGUUCUCCCACGAAGAUGAGGCCCGAAAGAUUCUGAGAAUACAGCGGCGUGGUGCAACGUUGGCUCUGACCAGUUUGACGGAGUAUUUCGAAGAUCAGCUCCCGGAUAAACUGCCCAAAUUGUGGGAGUUCAUCACUGAACCAUUCUCCACCGUUAUGACAGACGCCGAAUUGGAAUCCCAGACCGCGGACGCGGCCGAAGAACUAAUCUCGCGUUUGCAAGUAUUCGAAGCUGUUUGCGGAUCCCUCCACCAGAAACUGUGGGAGCGUCUCAAUGGCUGCGCGACCGCCGCCUGCGCAUUGACACGUAGUACGUACACGGCUGUGCGGCAUAUGGCCGCCAGGGCUUUGGCUGCGAUGGCCGAUAGGGACUCCGUCGCUGUGAUGCAGACUGUAAUGUCACAGUUAAUCCCGACAUUGGAUGAAGGCCCCUGCCCCCGCGCCCGCUGCGGCGCCGCGGAGGCGGUGGCGCGCGCGGUGGACGCGCUGCAGCUGCGGCUCGUGCCCUACAUCGCGCUGCUGGUGCUGCCGCUGCUGGGUCGUAUGAGCGACCACUGCGAAGCCGUUCGCAUUAUGUCUACGCGUUGCUUCGCAUCGCUCAUACAACUGAUGCCUCUGGACGGGGCCAUACCCGAGCCUGACGGCCUGUCACUAGAGCUCAGGGAAAGGCGAGCAAGGGAUAAACAUUUCCUGGAACAACUGUUCAACCCAAAGUCUAUAAAAGACUAUAAGAUCCCGAUCAAAGUGUCGACGGAGCUGAGGAGUUAUCAGCAGGCAGGAGUGAACUGGCUCCGUUUCCUAUACACGUACAAGCUCCACGGAGUGUUAUGUGAUGACAUGGGCCUCGGGAAGACAUUGCAGUCCAUCGUGGUGGUGGCGGGCGCCCACUGGGAGAGGCAGCAGAUCCGCCCCCCCGUGCCCGAGAUGCCUUCGCUGGUCGUGUGUCCCCCCACUCUCACUGGCCACUGGGUCUUCGAAGUGACCAAAUUCAUUCCGUCCCAAUACCUGAAGCCACUACAGUACGUGGGUACUCCGGUCGAACGCGAACGUCUGCGCACGCGCGUUCCGUUCCACAACCUCAUAGUGGCCUCGUACGACAUCGUGAGGAAGGACAUAGAUUUCUUCAGCAGUAUCAGGUGGAAUUACUGCAUUUUGGACGAGGGCCACGUGAUCAAGAAUGUGAAGACGAAGGCGUUCAAAGCAAUAAAACAGCUGAUUGCGAAUCAUAGGCUGAUUUUGUCCGGAACGCCGAUACAGAACAACGUGCUAGAACUGUGGUCGCUGUUCGACUUCCUGAUGCCGGGCCUCCUGGGCACGGAGCGGCAGUUCACGGCGCGGUACUCGCGGCCCAUCCUGGCGGCGCGCGAGCCCAAGGCCACGCCGCACCAGCUGCAGGCCGGCGCGCUCGCCUGCGAGGCGCUGCACAGACAGGUUCUACCAUUCCUACUGCGGCGCGUGAAAGAAGACGUUCUGAAGGAACUCCCGCCGAAGAUCACCCAAGACUAUUACUGCGAGCUCAGCCCGCUGCAGAGGAAGCUGUACGAGCAUCUGUCCAAGGAGCACAUGCCGCAGGGCAUCACUAGUCACACUCACGCUUUCCAGGCGCUGCACUACCUGCAGAACGUGUGCAACCACCCCAAGCUGGUGCUGACGGCGGAGCACCCGCAGGCGGCCGCCGUGGGCGCGCAGCUGCGGCUGCAGCACUCCUCGCUCGACGACAUCCAGCACUCCGCCAAGCUGCCCGCCCUCAAACAACUCCUCCUGGACUGCGGCAUAGGCACCACAACAUCGGAAGAAACCGAGACAGUGGUCUCCCAGCACCGAGCGCUGAUCUUCUGCCAGCUGAAGAAGAUGCUGGACAUCGUGGAGCAGGACCUGCUGAACAAGCACCUGCCCGGCGUCACGUACCUGCGGCUGGACGGCUCCGUGCCGCCCCACCAGCGGCACGCCAUCGUCACGCGCUUCAACAACGACGUGUCCAUAGAUCUGCUGCUGCUCACCACCGCUGUGGGCGGGCUGGGGCUGAACCUGACGGGCGCGGACACGGUGAUCUUCGUGGAGCACGACUGGAACCCCACCAAGGACCUGCAGGCCAUGGACCGCGCGCACCGCAUCGGCCAGAAGAAGGUGGUCAACGUGUACCGGCUUAUCACCAGGGACACCCUGGAGGAGAAGAUUAUGGGGUUGCAGAAAUUCAAAUUGCAAACGGCGAACACGGUGAUAAGCAGCGAGAACGCGGCCAUGGAGACCAUGGGCACCGACCAGCUGCUCGACCUGUUCCAGCUGUCGGGGGCCCGGGGCCCGGCGGACCCCAGGCCGGGCCCCAGCAGGUCCGUGCUGGACUCCCUGCCGGACCUGUGGGACGAUAAACAGUAUGAGGAGGAGUAUGAUAUGACUAAUUUCAUUAAAGGCUUGAAUAAGAUGAGCGCUUAGCUCGCGCUUGUAAAUUCCAUCUUCUUGAUUUGUGUUUAAGGUAAUGAGUGUGUCUUGUCGUGUUACAAUCACAUCGAGUCGUUGAUAGGUAGAGAGCGUUUUGACAACUGUAUGCAACCAAGUUUCGAGAUAAAAUUUUCGCUCUGUUAACACUAAAUGAUUGAUCCUUUUUUUUUUGCAACGCGACUUAUUGUAUAAAACAUUUUUUGCUUGUAACUUGAUGCACCUGACAUUAAACAAGUUUAAAGCAGUAUCGCCAAUGCAAUUUGGUAGUAUUGUAACAAGUUUAUAGGAGUAAGAUUGCGAAAGAAUCAGAGCGAUAAGUUUAAAACUAGAUUAUAUCACACCCUCUUUAAUACCGUUUAUCAGAAUCAUAACCAUUUAUUUGUGAAACUGUGUAAAAUGAAUUACAAACACGAAGAUUCUUUAUUAAUAAUACAUGACUGAUUUACCUUUAGUAAAAUCGCCAAGUAUCCUUUACAGGCAUACAAAUGUCAACUUAAAAAUAAAAUCUAUUUUCGCUUUACAAAAGUCAGGCCAGUUGACCAUAUAAAAUCGCUCUAGUUUUUGUAAAAAACAAGUAAUUUUGCUAAAUACCCAAGGCGUGAUUUAGCAUCUUGACAACGCUAUGGAAUUACACUAAGAAAACCAUAGAGGCUUAUUCGUUACCAAUGGUUAUGUCGAGUUUUUUUAAAAGAUAUUUCUUAAUAGUGCUGUAAACAUUUUUAUUCGGCACGUCAUAACGGAAAUCUUCACGAGGCGGUAAAGCUUAAUUCCCACCAAGAAUUGAAACUUGCUACCGCUAAAAUAAAGUUUAGAAUGUAGCUACACAUAGUAUAUACUUUACUCGUAGGUUUAGUCACAGACAGCUUUAGAAAGUUGCCUUAUGUAUCGAGUUUUAAGCCAAAGAUAAUAAACUAAGAGAUCCGCAAUUAAAACAAUCUCUACAGGACUACUUUUAAUACAUAACUAAAGACAGAUUUUAUUAGAUAGAAAUCAAUGAAAAUGAUGUACCUAUGCAAUAAGUUUAAAAAUAGCGAAUUAACAAACUAUUUAAAAUUACUCAAACUUCAGAAGAAAGUUAUUGAAAUCGUAAGGAACUCUUGGUUUAUUUAUUUUUUUAUUAAUAUCUCGAUUUUAGAUUGAAUCUUUCCAUAUAAUUAAUCGUAGGCUUAGUUAAGAUAAAACAAAAAUCGUAAUACGUAUGUUUUAGUGCACGCAAAAAAAUAAAUUCACUUUGUUUGUGAUAUUUAGAUGUUACACUAGACUCGAAGCAGAUUUUUCCAUGUCCCGAUUAUUCAUAAUUAUUCAUUCAGGGUUUCAACCGAAAACACGCAGAGAUGAGAGAGAGAGAGAGAGAGGUAUUCAUUAACAACAAAUCUUUGCAUCUUAAUCAAACCUUAUUAAUAGUUUACCACUAUUGAAAUAAAAUAUUUUUCUGGUGUUAUAUUAUAAAAUUGCAUACAUAUACAUAUAUACAUUUCAAUGGGCUAUCUACUUUUACUUUACAAAGUUUAGGCAUUCAAAUGCACUUAAUCAUACAUAACUAUUAAGUUUCAAUGUACUCGUACCGCAUCGGCAAUGUUUAAACAGUUGGGAAAUAAUAGCAUUACUUUUACGUCAUUGUCACACUAUAUCACUCAUUAAAAAUGCUUUUACGUGAUAGGCCAAAAUGACAGAAAUGGUAAUAUAUUAAUACUCCGAUUUUUGUGGUCAAAACUAUUAAUGAGCAAAAAGAAUGGCAUUGCAUAGUUAAAUCAUUUGUCUUUGCACAGAUUUUAUGAUUUAAGGAUAGAAUAAGAAUAAGCAUUCUUACCAAACUUUGUAAAAUUUGAAUAACAGCUGCCGCAAAAGGGAUACAAUAAUGGAUGUAACAAAUCUAUUCCCAGUUCAGUUGAGUGAUAAAAAAUUUAACCUCUGCUUUGUAGUCUUGCUAGAUAGGUUCAUCUAGAUUUGAAUUUAGGCCAAGAAACUUCAGUAAGGGAUUCAUUCCCAUGUCAAAUGGAUGGCUCAACAUUUUGUCAUCCAAAAAUUAAAUACUUAUCUUUAUAUAUAUCUAAAUUGGGUAUAAAACUGAAAUGCAGAAGCGGCUGUUAUUUAUUUUGUUAAGUUGGCAAUACAUUUACGAAAUUAGUUUUAAUUAUAAAUAAACCAAAACCUGUAGGUUAAUAAAUAUGCUAUCUACAUCACUGACCUACUGUUAUAACUAUCUUUUACUAUUAAUUUUAAUUAGUAUAAUUUUAAGUUAUAACAUCAUAGCUUAUAUAUGUAAGCAAAUCGUCGAUGGUCGAAUGCGUGUGGUGCAAAAAGGUCCAGAUUCGAUUCCCACUUAUGCUAUGUUCCAAUGCCCUUUUUCGAAGUUAUGUACAUUAGUUUGAAUACUAACUGAUGCUCUUACGGUGAGGGAAAACCAUCGAGAGGAAACCCGCACAUUCAGACAGCUGGAUGUGUAACCAUGAUCGAUCCAAUACGGGUUAGCUUUACCUGCAAAGGUUACAGUGGUCAGACGGGAGUCGCUUCAUGUAAAAACCUGAUUCAACUAAUCUAGGAUCCAUGGUCAAAGGCAUAUACCCCACGCUCCUCUCCAGAGUGGCGAGGCUGCAACCGGGACUAAAGCCAAGAUGAAGGAUUGUCUAAAAGCUAUGAUAUAAUAUAACUUUCGUUUAUAUAAUCAAAGUAGGUUCCUUGUUUAGUAAUUUAAAUACCUCAAUUCACCUUCUUCGUCGAUUGUAUUGGUUUAUUUAUUGUAGUUCGUAAGCAUGACAGUCAUUGAUAUAGUCAUUUUUGUAGAUUUAGACGCGUCGAUGCGGCGCUAUCUCGUUUUUACUUUGCUAUUUUGUACCUGUUAAAGUGAAACGAAAAUAGCAUAUAAAUAAUAAGUUCUGUAUCUCUUUUUUCAAAUAUAAAUGUAAGUAGGAAAAUAUGGCAUUAUUUUUUUUUCUUUGAAUAGUGAUUUUUGUUUUUUUUUGGCAUGAUUUAAUUUAAUGAUGCUAUUGCAUUAUGACAGAUUGAUCUAUUUAGCAGUGGGCCAUGUUUUACUACUUGUGUGCCUGACGUGGGAUUGGUUGCAGGCGUUAUCUGUGUACAAUCAACCAAUGACAUCGCUGUAUUUUUUGUAAAAAACAACAUGAUUGGUCGUCGUCUACUCAUCUCCACUUCUGUACACAACUUUUAAUUUAUGUCCAGCUCUGUCUGCUGCAGACCGUAUUUUAAUUUGUAUCGACAUCACUUUACGCUUGUCUUAUGUUAUUUUGUCAAUUAAUUGUAUUUGAAUUUUAGUUAAAUCCAAAUAAAGAUUUUUUCCUAAUUA